GAAGAAGCUACCACGAGAGAGAGAGAGAGAGAGAGAGAGGCUGACUCCUCCUUCAUCCAUUCCAUGGCGAACGCGUCAAAGAAGAGAAGGUUUUGAAGGCCAAUAAAAUUUCUUCCUCUCCCCCCAUUUCUUCUUCGACUCAUCUUCCUUCCUUCCUCCCUCGCUCUCUGUGUUCUGUUCUCCAUGUUCUCCUGCGUGAGAGUCUCUGCUGUGGACGGGGACGAGGAAGAGGUACUAGCAAGCGGCACCUGUCCCUCGCCCCCCAAAGAGAAGCUGCCAAUGAAGAGAAAGAAGGACCGCAACCCCUUCUCCGCCAGAGGCCUCGACCGCUUCGCCGUUCUCUCGGAGGAGCUCCAGGCCCGCCGGCAGAAGAUCAUGGCUCAGCUUGGCGACCCUCCGGCCGACGACGUCACCGUCCGGUUCGCCUACUCCAACUCCAUCGGCUGGGUGCCUGUCAUAAUCAAGCAGAGCAAGCCACAAGAAAAGCAAUUGGAUCCCAAACACUGCCGUCGCCAACAGAACCAUAAGCCUUCCGCCGGCGCCGUGACUCCCAAGCCUCCCGCCAAGUUGGCGAUCGCUUCUCCUCCGCCUCACUCUUCCGUCUCCUCGCUUCCUUCUCAACAGAAGAAGGGAGGGAGCGAGGAGAAAGCGAGAUCAGAGAACGGAUCGUUGUUGGAUCGGAAGAGGAUCAUAGCUUGCGCUUGCUACGGGCUAAAUGUGGCGAAUAGCGAGCCUCUGACUUUGGUGGUGUUGCUGCUCUUGUGUUUGAUAAUCUCCGGGAAGACCCUUGCGGUGCUUUUCACCGUUUUCUGGUGGUACCUCGGAGCCGUCUUCAGGGAAUUGGACGUCGCUGGUAGCAAAGCAAAGACGGUGAGACGCGUCAGGAAGAAGAGAGGGAGGAGAUAUCAGGUUUCAUGAGCCCCAAGAAAGAGUGGUGGUUGCCGGUUGGUGGAGGAUCGCGCAAUUCAGAAAUGGCGGAUUUGAAGUGAUGGACUAACAAAUCGAGUUCUUCUUGAUGCUUCGAUGUUCAUCCCUUUCGCUCUUCUUUUUCUCCCCUUUUUUUCUCUCUCUGAAUUCUUUCCUCUUGUAGAGUAAUUUUGGUUUGUUCUUGGACGAUUGUAAACCGAUCGUUGAAUGAAAUAAACUGUAUAUAUUUGCAUCAAACAAACAGGAAGUACAUUGUUUA